CUGGGCGCUUGUUUUGUAGGUCCACUCUUGAUCCUGCAGCCUAUUCUAAAAGGGUAGGAGAAGUCUGCUUCCUCUUUUGCACCAGACCUGAGUUGGGUCACUGUGGUAGGUAGUCACGUUUCUGGUCUCUUAGUCGGUGGUACCUCAAUGGUCUUGGAGCUAUCCAAAUAAACCCACGUCUAACCAGAUAUCCUCAAGUUCUCUGCACUUGCAUCAAAGUUUCAGCACUUCAGUGUUGUUCACUCGGCUUCUUCGCCCAACAUCCAAGUUUCCCUAUCGCCGUUCGAGGAACGCUUCCAUGGAUCAGUCAAAGUACCGCAUGGCCGGCGUGCAGGACAAGCUGGAGGUGCUGGGGGUGGAGGAUGAUGCAGGCAAUCCCAUCAGCGCCCUGACCAUCCUGUCGCUGCUGGAGCGUGUGGCAGGCAUCAUCGACAACGUCCAGGCUGGCCAGCAGCGCAUGGAGGAGCAGCAGCUGGACCUGGAGACCAACAUCAAGACCAUCCAGGGUGAUGUCUUGAAGCUAGCCAAAGACCACACCACCACCAGUGGCACCGUGGAGAAGCUGCUCCAGAAGACGCGUAAGGUCAGCUCCAAUGUCAAGGAGGUGCGCACGCGGGUGGAGAAGCAGAACUUGCGUGUCAAGAAGGUGGAGACCACACAGGAGGAGCUGCUGACCAGAAACAAGUUCCGGGUCAUCAUUUAUCAGGGGGAACAUGAGAUCCCUUCGGUGGCCGUGACAAAGACCCCAAAAGGAGCUGUUGGUAUGGAGGGGUUGGUGAUCGAGCCAGACACCUACGAUGUCCCCGGGGACAUCUCCUCAGAUGAGGAAUACAUGACAGUGGACGAGACUGAAGGAGGAUCCAGAACUGCCCGCUUGAAGGCGUCAGGCAUGAAAGGCAUUGAAAGCAUCAAGCAGGCCUUCUCCAAGGAGACCAUGACCAAGACCAAGGACAACUUGGGCACCAAGUUCCACAACAUGGGCGAGAAAAUGGUGCCCCCCGAAAGACGGGAGAAGAUGCACCAGGCCAGCGAGCGCAUCAAGCACUCUGGCGAGAGGCUGAAGGAGAACAUCGCCAAGAAGGCCCCCACCAAGGAGUCCUUCCGCAUCAAGCUGAAGAAGGAGAGGACCGUGGCCGAGGGCCAGGAGGGAGCUGAGGCUGACGGGGAGGUCGAUGAGGCGGUGACCCCAGUCAAGGGAAGAAAAAGCCCGGAAGUCAGUAAAACCCCAGUAGUAACCUACACAGAGGUUGUAACGGAAAGGGAAACCAAGAGGGAGGGUCCCGUGGAGGAGCCGGCCGCCAUCCGGAUAGGGGAGGUAGGGAAAUUCACUGUGGAGGCAGUGGAAGAGGGCAAGGAGGACGAAUAUGACAGGAAGUAGAUCUCCAGCAUGUUGCCGCAACAACGAGAAGUCACCAAAAUAGGAAGUGAAGCCGGGUAGGAAGAGAGCUUGCGGUGUCUUGCAAGAGAGAUGGUCUGUGACGAAUCAACAUCGACGACAGACAAUUUACAUUAUCAAUCCGUUUAAAAGUCAAAGAGAUACUUCUGUUGAAUAUACAGUACCAGCCAAAAGUUUGGACACAACUAUUCAUUCAAGGGUUUGUCUUUAUUUUUACAAUUUUCUACAUUGUAGAAUAAUAGUGAAGACAUCGAAACGAUGAAAUAACAUAUAUGAAUCAUGUGAAAGUGGUUGAUAGAAUGCCCGGAGUGUGCAAAGCUGUCAUCAAGGAAAAGGGUGGCUACUUUGAAGAAUCUCAAAUAUAUAAUAUAUUUUGAUUUGUUUAACACUUUUUUGGUUACUACAUGAUUCAAUAUGUGUUAUUCCAUAGUUUUGAUGUCUUCACUAUUAUUCUACAAUGUAUAAAAUAGUAAAGAUAAAGAAAAACCCUUGAAUGAGUAGGUGUGUCCACACUUUUGACUGGUACUGUGUAUACUGACCAGUCGACAGAGGAGUGGAAAGAGUUCUGUGACUGACCUGAUCAUCUAUAAAGAUUGUGUUUCUGGGGUGUCAAAUGUUGGUAGGUUAGUGACCCACUGUCACGUGUCAUUGAAAUUGGCUGUUAUUAUUUUCAACUUUGGAAUGAUUUUUAACGAUAUGGGUUGUAAAAUGUACGUGGACACAUUCAGACAAGAACACAGAGAAAUGUGUAAAAUGUAACAUUUUCAUGGAAAGACAUAUUGGGAUGAAUUCAGGUCAGGGGUUGUUUGGGGCAACAGUACAUAAGUAUUGGGCACAUUGGUAACUACUGUACAUGAACUGCUAUGUUGCUUUUGGCGUUAAAGUUAAGUACACACAAAAACAAAUUGUUCCCAGAUGUUUGGUUGCUAAUCAAUUUCUUUGACUAGUCAAGAAAAAACGCUCGCAAGUUAGAAAUUAAUUUCCACAAAGUGUUUGGAAGGGAAAAGAGUUUAACUGAAAGGAGAAAAGAGAGAUUGCAAAGUACCUUUGAGGUGAUUCUGAAGGUUGAGGAAGCUUGCGUAUGAUAUUGAUCUUAAAUCCGAAUGUAAAAUGUUGUACAUAGCAUAACCGUAAUCAUGAUAUUGGUCAACACAGAUCUCAGCUGGCCUCUGAAGAGUUUGAAAAAGUCAAGCUAUACAGAUAUAAAACUACUGUAUAUAGAUAUGAAUGACAGAUUGGGUUCUGUGUGUUUCAAAAUCCAACAAGGAUUGACCAUUUGGUUACAAUGGGUUCUAUGGCAAGGUUACAGACAAGAUGCAGUAGGUAACUUUUAAUUUAGCCAUUAACAAGCAGACGCAUCGUAAUAACAGUUGAAGAUUAUGUUGAAUCAAAAUGUAUCCAUAUGGUCGAAAAUCACACUAACUAUUUAGCCUGGAAUAAAAUGAUUUUCUAUUACAAGAGGUCAUGCAAAGCUUGAGAGUUAAAUGUCAUCUUUCAACUGAACUAUGCGCUGUGAAUUUAAUUUGGUCUGAAGAUAACUAGAUCGUAGUGUGUAUGAUUGUGUAGUGUACUAGUGUUAAGAACAUUAAAAUAUAUAUUUGAGGAAAGCAUUAAGUCAUGUAAAUGGCUUUAGGGGUACCUGUAACAUUUAUGGCACUAGAAGGUUUUGAGCACUGAUGUAAUUCUGUGCAACACUAUGAGGACUUUGACAGAAAAGGUAACACGUGUAUAAAGAUUACAAAGCAACCUAAUAUUUCAAAGUCGUUUCAAAGUCAUUUUUUUCUGAAUACAGUUUACAGCAUGUUUAUGCCCUUCUUUUGAUCACCUAGAGGUGCAUUGCUUUCAUUUGUUAUGCUAAUAAUGGCAUCAACUAUCCAAAGGGCAAUGUACAUUCUGCUGUGCUCACAUAUCUGUGGGCUGAGUCUAACUUGUAGACCUACAGUAAUUCAUGUUCAACCACAAAGAAACGUGUAUGUUAAUAUACUAAUGCAUUAGGCCUAAGUAAUGUGGAUUCGACUGAUUUGAGCCCAAAGUAUUGAAGUCAAUGAGUAAUGAGAAGUACAAUAGGUAGUGGUGUGUAGUUUAAUUGUUUCUUACUAGUUCACAGGAACUGAUUGUCAACGAAGUAUGUGUGCUACAUAAUUUACAAAAAUGUAAAUUUUAAUAUCUUUUGCCAGACCCCUUGUCAAAUAUUUCCUAAAAGUGACAAUGUUUUCUUGAGUUCACCAUCCAGGCAUUGUGGCUAUUCUUAGCAAAUUAACCAGCUACAUUGAUUCUGGGAUUGUAUCCUGCAAUAAGGCACAUCCUUUUAUUCAUCUGCUAUUGUCAGAUAAAAAUAGGAUUGAUGAAAGUCGAAUGGGUAUGCUAUAUUGAUGGAAAACAACAAUUGUCAUUGAUAUGCAUUGUGGUAUGUGACACGUGCAAAGCAGCAUCGCAUAUAUUCAUGAUUGUUUUCUUUUUGUAUUAAUAAAGGCCUAAUGCCACCUGUAUUAAUCAAAACAAUA